CGGGUGUGGAAGUGGCGAGCGCCGAGUGGCGGAGGCGGUGCCGACUCGGGGGGUAGGUGGGGUGGGGGGAGCAGUUGAGGCGCGAGAGAGGGUCAGCCGCGCCCGGCUUCCUGUAAGUUUGCACGGGACGGGCGGUUCGCUGGGUCCGGGCCUGCGGAGGGCAGCAGCAUGUCGGUGGCGGGGCUGAAGAAACAGUUCUACAAGGCGAGCCAGCUGGUCAGCGAGAAGGUCGGCGGGGCUGAGGGGACCAAGCUGGACGAUGACUUCAAAGAGAUGGAGAAGAAGGUGGAUGUCACCAGCAAGGCGGUGACAGAAGUGCUGGUCAGAACCAUCGAGUACCUGCAGCCCAACCCAGCCUCCCGGGCCAAGCUGACGAUGCUCAACACGGUGUCCAAGAUCCGGGGCCAAGUGAAGAACCCUGGCUACCCACAGUCAGAGGGGCUGCUGGGCGAGUGUAUGAUCCGCCACGGGAAGGAGCUGGGUGGCGAGUCCAACUUCGGAGAUGCCCUGCUGGACGCGGGAGAGUCCAUGAAGCGCCUGGCUGAGGUGAAGGACUCCCUGGACAUAGAGGUCAAGCAGAACUUCAUCGACCCGCUGCAGAACCUGUGUGACAAGGACCUGAAGGAGAUCCAGCACCACCUGAAGAAGCUGGAGGGCCGCCGGCUGGACUUUGACUACAAGAAGAAGCGUCAGGGCAAGAUCCCAGACGAGGAGCUGCGCCAGGCUCUGGAGAAGUUCGAGGAGUCCAAGGAGGUGGCAGAGACCAGCAUGCACAACCUCCUGGAGACAGACAUCGAGCAGGUGAGCCAGCUCUCAGCACUGGUGGACGCACAGCUGGACUACCACCGGCAGGCUGUGCAGAUCCUCGAAGAGCUGGCCAGCAAGCUGAAGCGCCGGGUGCGGGACGCCUCCUCGCGCCCCAGGCGUGAGUACAAGCCCAGGCCCCGGGAGUCCUUUGACCUAGGGGAGCCUGAGCAGUCCAACGGGGGCCUCCCCUGCGCCGCGCCCAAGACCACAGGAGUUUCAUCGUCUUUCCGAUCUUCCGAGAAGCCCAUCCAGACGCCCAGCAGGAGCAUGCCGCCCCUGGACCAGCCGAGCUGCAAGGCCCUGUAUGACUUCGAGCCUGAGAACGACGGUGAGCUGGGCUUCCGUGAGGGCGACCUCAUCACGCUCACCAACCAGAUCGACGAGAACUGGUACGAGGGCAUGCUGCACGGCCAGUCGGGCUUCUUCCCGCUCAGCUACGUGGAGGUGCUCGUGCCCCUGCCUCAGUGACGCCGCCCGGCCCCACCAGCCCCACCCGGGGCGAUCGCAUUCCACGAGCGGCUCAGCUCCCACCUCCGGGCAGGUGAGCUCCUGUUUACGUGGGCGCCGUGGCUCAGCAGCAGCAGGCGGUGUGUGGAGCUCCUUCCACGUGGGGCUAACACUAAGGUGCUCUAGAAACACUAACGUUCCUCUUGCCCCUCCACGGGCGGCAACUCCAAGGGGGCCCUCCAGCCCCUUCCCCAGGUCCACUGUCCUGACUCACAAGGCCCAGGCCGCAGCCUAACUGGGUGUGGCCCCCCCUGGCCAUUCCACACCCCAGUUUGUAAUCCCCUCCAGCCCGUUGCUGGCAAUGGGCCUUGCCCCUCCAUACACACUCACUCCAGGCGGCUCGGGGCACCUCACCCCCAUCUUGCACACAUCCCAGGUACUUGCUGGGUACUGGGGUCCUCACCCCUCCAGCAGUGCCCGCAUGCCAGCCUGAGCCCGGGCCUCGGCGGAUCACACGAGGGGUUUCUCUGGCACAAGCCGCCGCCACCAGCUGAACACCCCUCCCACGGGACCAGGCACAGGCUUCCGAAGAGAAUGUCCCCUGCCUGAGCCAUCCCGCCCCGCCGCUGUGUGUGGUGACCCCUGCAUCACCUCCAUAGACAGCUGCCAGCGUGACCCCGGCCCCCCCCCCCCCCCCCGGCCACAGCCCAGCUUUCCUCCCCUCACUGAACCCAGGCGCUGGCUGAGUGGAGGCCGGGGUCCAGGUUUGCAGUCCCCCCAGCCCGGCCCCUCUGGGGGGCGCCCUGACCACAGGAAGUGCAGCUUGCUCCGGGUCCAGGCAAAGCCAUGUACUCCUCAUUUUUACAAAGUAUUAAACGUCUUUCUACA